CUUGCAGGUUUUGGAGUAUCGUGUCGGGGGGACUGAUCUGAAUCUGAUAUAUAGGAGGAUCUUUUUUUUAAUUAAUUAAUUAUCUUUUUUGGGGUCCAUAUUUAUAUAUAUCUAAUAAAUGUUCUCUCUCUAGAGAAUUACAUAAUCUUAUAUUUGUUUCCUUUUUUUUCUGAGAAUUUAUAUUUGUUUCCUUAGAGAGAGAGAAAUAUCAAGAACGGGAAGGGCAAUACUGUAAGAAAAUCUCAAGUAUUAAUAUAUACAUGCAUGUAUGUGUAUAUGUCAUAUAUAAAUAUAACUAAAUUUAAGCUUGAGCAGCCACUUUGAUUUGUUUGAGUGAAUCAAGAAAAUUUUUAAGUACACCAGAUUCUUGUGAAUCUUCACGGCACUUGUUAAUGGAGGUCAACAUGAGCUUCUCGCAGGACAUGGAUGAUGAAUAUGAGAAACUCAUCCGAAGAAUGAACCCACCCAGGGUUGUAAUUGAUAAUGAUUCCUGUAAGAAUGCUACAGUCAUAAGGGUUGAUAGUGCGAAUGAACAUGGAAUACUUCUGGAGGUUGUUCAAGUACUUACUGAUCUUAAUCUUAUCAUAACCAAGGCUUAUAUAUCUUCUGAUGGAUGUUGGUUCAUGGACGUUUUUAAUGUCACUGACCAAGAUGGAAACAAGGUCACAGAUGAAGGGGUUUUGGAUUACAUACAAAAGUCGCUUGGUCCAGAAUCUUGCUUCAUGUCUUCGAUGAGAUCCGUUGGUGUUACACCAUCGAUGGACCACACUGCAAUUGAGCUCACUGGGAGUGAUAGGCCAGGACUGCUUUCUGAAGUAUGUGCUGUGCUCACCCAUCUCAAAUGCAAUGUGGUGAGUGCUGAGGUCUGGACACACAACACACGGGCAGCCUCCAUUAUGCACGUCACCGAUGAGGAGACAGGUUCGGCAAUUAGUGACCCCGAGAGGCUGUCCAGGAUUAAGGAAUUGCUAUGCAAUGUGCUCAAGGGAAGUAACAAAUCCAGGGGAGCUAAAACCGUGGUCUCUCAUGAAGUCACACACACUGAGAGAAGGCUUCACCAGAUGAUGUUUGCUGAUAGGGACUACGAAAGGUUGGAUGAUGAUGCCUUGGAUGAAAGGCAAAGACCAAAUGUUAGUGUUGUUAAUUGGUACGACAAGGACUACUCAGUGGUUACUAUUCGUAGCAAAGACAGACCGAAGCUUCUCUUUGAUACGGUUUGCACUUUGACAGACAUGAAGUAUGUGGUUUUCCAUGCGAAUAUUGAUGCUGAGGGGCCAGAAGCUUAUCAGGAAUAUUACAUCAGGCACGUAGAUGGAUCCCCUGUGAAAUCAGAGGCAGAGAGGCAAAGAGUCAUUCAGUGCCUUGAAGCAGCCAUUGAGAGAAGAGUAUCAGAGGGUUUGAAGUUAGAACUCUGUACGACCGACAGAGUCGGACUGCUGUCUGACGUCACUCGCAUCUUUCGUGAAAAUAGCCUCACUGUAACCCGAGCGGAGGUGACAACUAAAGGAGGGAAAGCCAUGAACACGUUUUACGUUAGCGAUGCGUCGGGGUAUCCAGUUGAUUCCAAGACAAUAGAUUCUAUCAGGCAAGCAAUUGGCCAGACCAUACUUAAAGUGAAAGGCAGCCCUGAAGAGUUAAAGUCCGGUUCUCAAGAAUCUCCCACCAGGUUCCUCUUUGGUGGCCUUUUCAAGUCGAGAUCUUUCGUCAAUUUCGGAUUGGUUAGGUCCUAUUCUUGAAGAAAAAACUGAUCAUAGCUAGCUCCCAUUGUAUAUAGCACAACUUCUUCUUAGCUCUUGCAUACCAUUACUCGAUCAGAAAAUCUAGACCAUUUUAGUGGAUUUAACACUCUAGGAACACGGCCUUUGCUUGCUUAGCAAGGGAAACAUAGGUUUUAAAAUAUGCUUAAAAAUUCUCCCUUAUUUUCUCCUGCUUGAAGCCCUUUAUUUGUUAAUGACUCCAACGUGACGCUGGAGUCAUUUAAGCAAAGAAGGAAAAGAAGAAAAAGAAGAAGAAGAAGAAAUUGAGGUGUAUAGUGAUCUUGAAACAAUCAAUGUCAACCUUUUGUACAUAAAUUUUCUUUUUCUCAUC